CUCCAGGCUGCAGCUUUUUUGGGGUUGCAUCUUUGCUGCUGCUGCUGGCUGGGGGUCCGGUCGCCAGUGUAGGACCAUACUGAAACUUUUACUGCCAGAGUGACAAAGGAAGCCUGAUAGUUUGUCACCACUUCAAGCCCAAGAAGUUAACCUGACAGCAGAUAAACCGUGGGCCAAAAAACCAUAAUGAAGGUUGUUCUUCUCGUUUAUGGUAUACCUCAGAACCAGAUUAGAGAAAACCUGAGGAUGUAAAUAUUGCCCCCACUAUUGGUUCCACUGACAUGUGUAAAGCUUCUGUGCGCUUGGAAGGAUCUGUCAUCAAUAGCCAGGCAGGGCAAGAAGCCCUCUCAGAUUUGAGGGGAGCCAUGAGCCGUUUCCUGAAUGUGUUACGAAGCUGGUUGGUGAUGGUGUCCAUCAUAGCCAUGGGGAACACGCUUCAGAGCUUCCGAGACCACACCUUUCUCUAUGAAAAGCUCUACACUGGCAAGCCAGACCUGGUGAAUGGCCUCCAAGCUCGGACCUUUGGGAUCUGGACGCUGCUCUCAUCAGUGAUCCGUUGCCUCUGUGCCAUCGACAUCCACAACAAGACGCUCUACCACAUCACGCUCUGGACCUUCCUCCUCGCCCUGGGGCACUUCCUCUCCGAGUUGUUUGUGUACGGGACCGCGGCUCCCACAGUCGGCGUCCUGGCACCCCUGAUGGUGGCAAGUUUCUCCAUCCUGGGUAUGCUAGUCGGGCUCCGGUACCUAGAAGCAGAACCCGUAUCCAGACAGAAGAAGAGAAACUGAGGCCAACAGUACCACCUCCGAGACUCCGUCUUCCACCGUUGCUGUCUUCUUCUGUCAUCCUCUCUGCGCUUUAAUUUCUUCUUUUCUGCUCCAUCGCCAGCCCCCUUUAUCCACUUCUAGCCUUUUACAUUUUGUUUGCUUUUGUUACAUUUAAACUUUUUAAAGCUGUCACAUGCGUACAGAAAAGCAUAUAACACGUAUGAAGAUGUACGAAUCAUUUAACAGUGACUCCUCUGUACUUCCAUCCAGAUCCAAACAUCGCCAGCACCUCAGCCCACUGUGCCCUUCCCACUCGCAGCCUCUCUGAGGAUCGCUUUUCCAGCCUCCUGCUUUUUUCAUUGUAUUUCCAUCCCUUGAUUUGACUUGUGUGGCGGGAACAAGUGGACCGUGAAACUUAAAAGCUGCUGCCUCGCCCAGAGCAGCUGCCGCCAAGGGCUGCUUCAAGGGGUUGUCCACGCACGCUGGGCUCCUCUCUGCCGCCGGACCCAAGACUCCAAACCAUCUGAGGGACGGGCAGUUCUCCUAAGAAGGGCUCCCCCGUGAGUGAGCAUGGCUUAUGUCCUUGUGUCUACGGAUGGAUUACAGUGGGAAGAGUCUGGGCUGUUUUUAGACCUUCUGGUCAGCUGUAUUUGUGUAAUGAAUUUUGUAAUAAACAGAAAAACCCUCUGCUCCGA